AUGUUUUGGAGCCUUUGCCCACCCCGGAUCGAUGUCAUGAUAGAGCCACCACGAGCGGAUGACCAGCCCCUACCACGAGCCCGGGCUCUGCACUCAGCACUUUACCUCCAUGAAGACUCAGCAAUUUCAUGACAUUUCUGUGAGGAUCAUACUAAGGUACCAGAGGUUACAAAGACAGCUCCCUGAGGCUCCAGGUUUCUACACUGCUUUACAAACUCACUGGAAAGGGGACCUUCUGUUCUAACGGUUCUAGCACAAGUCCUGGGUAGCAUUGUCUUUGGCCCAGCUUGCGUCACAUGACCGGCCCGGAACCAAUCAUUUGGUCAAGGGGCUGCAGCCCUCCCACUGGCCAGAAAUGGAUCAGGUGUCCACCCGUGAAGUGAGUAGUUGAGGACAGCAACCUCUGUCCCCAGAAUCAUAAAGAAUGAAAAUGGGGGGAGGUGAAUCACCCAAGAGAAAUCAGGAAUCAUGGACCAGCAGAACAGGUUUUGGCAAGCAGAACCAAUUGGCCCCUAGGACCGCCUGUUUCUCCCUUCGGCCUUUGGUAAAGUUCCUUUGGAAAAUCCCCAACUUUAUCCUCAUGAAAAGAGCAGGCGAAGCCUUCUCCGGCCACCGCAAGACAAGAUGGCCUUGGGGUGAGCUGCCUUUGUGUGGUAGAUUGGAUUUUAGAGGAAGUGGAUUGUACCUCUCCCUGAACUCAAGGCCGUUUGACUGCCUUUGGCCAACGGGGAAUAAGUGAGUGUGUGGGAACACAAGCUUUAGACGUGUGUGCUUCAUUUGGUUAGGUCUUCUGUGCUUCUGCCAUUUACCAUAAGACAUCCUCUGGCUAACGACAGAUUGCAGAGCAAAGAAGUACGUGGAACAUAUCUCAUCACAGGCCCAGCCUAAAGCAGAGCUACCCCAGAUGACCCCCAGACCCAAGAGCAAGACACAUAAAUGGUUGUUUUUGUUAAGUUCCUAAGAUCUGGGGCGAGUUGCUGGUUAUGCGGCAUUGUAACAGCAAAAUCUGACUGUCACACUUUGAAAGUUUGGAUUUUACGUUGAGGGAGACCACUAUCCUUUGAAGUCAACAGUCUUUCAGGAAGUUAGCACUCUGAGCUGGGGCAGUGCUUACCCUGCCAGCGUCCCCAGGAACCCAGAGAGCCCCCCCCCCCCACUGUAACAUGCAGCCAUAUCUCAGUUCCUACCCAGAAAGUCUCCACAGACCAAAAGUAGUUUCAGCUUCUUUUCUGGAGUCCUGCAAUUUGCCUUAUCCUCCGUCUGGGGUCUUUCAGGAUCUUUACCAGCUGUGUUCCUUGGGCAAGUCACUCGGAGCCUCAGCGUCCCCAUCUGCAAGAGGGAAUAAUACUAACCCUUGGUUUUGGGUGGAACUAAUUGAGAGAAUAUAUAUAAAACACAGCUACAGUGCCUGGUGCAGUGAAAUAUUAGCUUUCUAUCUACCUACUUUUUAAAGGACGGGAGGAGUAAAUACGUGCUGGACUGUCCAGUCUGUUCCUCUGAGCCUUGGGAAAAUCCUGCAGAAAGUCUGUCUGCAUCCCACAGCAGAGAAGCUCCCGGGGCCUGGACCUGGGAGGAAAGGAAUCUGGAACUUGGCAAGGCAGGUUUUUCUCUUCUGUUUUGUUUUGUUUCGUUUCAGUUACUUGAAAUCACAUAGCCGAUUUAUUUACUUUGAUGGUUCAUCACACACAAAAAAAUAAAGCAAAGACAUGUGAACAGCCCCGCAGUUGCUACAACUUGAACUUUUGGGGAGGAACCGGCUGGAGGAAAAGUCACAAUUCCGUUCACUGCGAAGACCUGAAACUCCCACCUUUCCUUUCCAUUGGGAAUUCACUGUGAGGUGGGAUUUUAAUGCCCGUUGGCCAACCAGCCCCUGGUGCAGCCUUCUGCAGGCUCUGCUUCUCGCAGGCUCCUGUCCCCAGCCCUGCUGUGUGGACCUGAGUGAGAUAAGGACCCCGGUUCAAUGACUGCAGCAAAGCGAGAGCUAACCUGGUGCUCGCAGGGCGCCAGGCGCUGUGUUAGACGCUGUGUCGGAACCUUCUGAGCGCUCACCGCAUCGCUGCAAGGCUGCUACUCGCUUACAUCAGACGAGAAACGAAGACUCGGAGAUUUCAGGGCAUGUGCCCACACCCCACAUCCAGCAGGGGCAGAUCUAGGCCGUGAAGUCGGCUCUGAUUACAAAGCCUGCACCCCCAAUCCCUAUUUUGGGCUGCACCGCACGGUCCUGGGUACCGCCAGCCCCAGGGGAUGCUGGGUCAGCGAGAGUCACCGCCAUCUUGUAUGGAAUCCCAGAAAGAAGUCCAAUGUCAGGGCCUUCCUUCUCCUCAUUCUGUACUUCCUGCCCCAGUCUGUGAACCUGGCCAUGGCUCUAGCCCUCUCCUGGGAGGGAUCGAUCCAAAGCUGCAGCCUCUGCAACCCAUCACUGGCCGUACCUGGGAAGGGCAUCUUGAAAUUUGAACCUUCUGACCCCACAGCAAGUUCCCCAGUCCGGGCCUCGGUGGCAAGCAGGCUUCUCCACUACCAAGCGCACUGUAAGGGCUGCAGACUCACGUCCUGCUCUUGGCAUGACCUCUUCCCAGCCGCAUAGCCUCAGACAUUCACUAAUCUGCCUGGGCCUCAGUUUCCCCAUCUACAACGGAGUAGCAUGCAGUUGGCUCGGGGCUUUCCAGGUUUAGGCGAGGACACCAUUGGAGAAAGCUCGAUGAAUGAGCAGCUGUGGCGCAUGAGAGAGGCCUGGGUCUUGGCGCGCCUCCGUCCUCACGGGGAAUAGUGGGAAUGCUACUAACACCGGCCCCAUCCAGAUCCAACAUUCUGUGUGAUUCUUGGAUCGCAACGCAUGCCCCCCAGAAAAGGUUUUCUUCCCAAAUGCGUUAAUCAAGACCCUUGGGAUCCAAGUGACAAAAACUCAAUUCAAACCAAGUUAAGCAAAAGGGAGGGAUAUACGGGCAGAGUCCCUAGAAUUCUACAGUGUUGUUUUUUCGAACUUGGCACUCCCUUGCUUCAAGCCCCCUUGAAUGGCUUUUUGCAGCCUCGGGGAACAUGUGAAUGCAUUCCUCUAGCCUCUCAGUCUCUGCCUGACCUGCCCCCUCAUUCUCACUCCCUCAUCCUAAGCCUUCCUCUCCAUCGUCCUGGCCUUUGCCCAUGCUGCGCGCUCCACCUGGGGUAUGUAUCCCCAAGCUCUUUCCCAGCUGUAUCUGGCUCACCCUCCCCUUCAGCUUCAGGUCACUGUCACCUCUUCAGAGAGACCUUUCCCUUCCCCUCCCACUUAGGGAGCUCCCAGGGCUCCCUUUCACCUCCCCCGGCCAUGUUUCCUGGUCACAUCCGCAGUGAGAUGACCCGCGUGCUCACGUGCUUGCUGUCCGUCUCCCCGUUAGACGGUCCUCCGCGUACGGCCCUCUGGAUUGCUCACUGGGCCAUCCCUGACAUCCAACGCUCUACUCCCCGGCACGAGUGCUCCAUAAAUAUUUGUGGAAUGAAUACAUGGUUGACAGUAAUUCUUCAUGCUUUAUCAAGUCUGGAUUCCUCUGCCUCAAAUUCAGCGUGUCCUUGCAAACCAGACCCUCUUGUUUUUCUCAGCUGGAAGCCACCGACCCCCCAGGUCUGUAAGCCAGUGCGUCCUGGGCAUCUCCCUGCCCCCUCCCACCAACACCUCCCCUUAAUCUCUGGAAGCCAACCACCAACCACUUCUGGUCAUCCCCACCACCCCCAUUCGAGGCCAAGCUGCUGGCUCUGCCCCCAGCCCCAGGGCUCCUGUUGCUGCUUCCCAGGGACACUCCCCUUCUCACCGCACUCCAGCCUCAUCCCUGCAGCACAGCUGAUAGUGUCUCCCUCCACUGAGAAGCUCUCCUAGCAUCCUCCGGACACUCAGAGGAAGCUCACUGCCUUCCUAUAGGCUGCAGCUCCGCAUGGCCAGCCCCCGGGAGUCAGGAGCUGGCUGCCCUGUGCCUUCCUGCCCCUCUCUUUUGCUCCAGCCCUGUGUUCCCCAGACGCCUGCCCCCGGCUGAACAGAGUACUCACCACAGUUGUUCACACACUCCUGCUGGGACUCCUGGAGCAGGUCUGCCUCCUCUCCCUCAUGUUACACUCCAGGGGCAGAGACACUGCCUGGCUUUGCACACACUGCCCGGCCCUGUUCCUGGCAUUUAGUGGUGCUUGAUUAAUAUUGGCAGAUGAAUGGCUGAAUAAACACAUUUGAAAACCUAUCAUAUGCCAGACGUUAAGUUAGAAAUGUAAAUACGUUAUCUCAUUUUCUCAGCAAUCUUGCAAUGUAAGUACUAUUAUGUUUGUUGAUUGAAUACACGAAUGAAUCAAUGAAGGAAUGAACUAGCAGGGGCAGAGCCACAAUCCAAAAGCACACAGGGGCCGGGAGGACACAGAAUUUGUGAAGCACAUGCAGCGCCGGGUGCGAGUGAAUAAAAGACACCGGGGCAAAAUGCAGCCCCAUGGCAUCUACCACAGGGUCAGGUGUCUUCCCUCGAAACUCCUGUGCUGAAGUCCUCACUCCAGGCACCUCAGAAUGGGAUCUUAUCAGGCGACAGGGUCUUCGCAGAUUACGUUAAGAUGAGAGUGGUAGUGGGGGCCCUACUCCGAUGUGACUGGUAUCCUUAUAGAGAGGAGAUGUGGUCACAGAGACAGACGUAUGCAGAGUGGAUACAAGGUGCAGGCUCACGGAGAGAAAACGGCCCAGGAGCAGGGGCCUGGGACAGAUCCUUCCCCCACAGCCCUCAGAAGGACCCCUGCCAACACCUUGAUCUUGGACCUCUAGUCACCCAACUGUGAAACCAUACAUUUCUGUCCUGGAAGCCCCCCAGCCUGGGGUACUUGGUUACACAGAGCAGCCCUAGCCGACUAAGGCGGCCUCAAAUUCAAACACGUUUUUAAAGCCCAGUGGGCCAAAGGAGAUUUGUCCCGAGGCCGGAUGGUGUGGGAGGGGGCUCAGGAGGCAGCGCGGGGGCUUCCCCGGUCCCGGCCACACUCUGUCCACCGGGAAUCGGCUCUGUGGGAAGCUGAGGUCAAGCACAUCAAAUGGGAAUUCAAUUACAGUUUGGAGCCAUGUACUCGAGGUCACAGAUUAAAUGAGGGCAGGUGAGGAAGCCAGGGCCUCCCCGUGGCGCUGGUGCCCUGGGCUGGAGACGCAGGGCAGCAGCUCAGUGCAAAGCCUGGCGAGGCCCGGCCGGUUUGUCGAGCAUAGGAGAAAACCUGAAUUAAAAAGAAGAGGUAGACUGGAUUAGUUUAGAUGCCUGUCGACUAAGAUCCCCAGCGUAUGGUAAUCAAUGCUCUAUAAAGCACAUAGCCGCUGCCGUUUACAAGUAUCUGUUCAUUGUAAAAACGGAAUCUAUUUUUUUCCCCUCCAUUUAAUUCAGAAAUCUCAUGUUACACAGAAAGGUUAAUUACAAACCGACUUCUAAGAACACUUUGUUGGAAGCUUCUGUUUCAUUUUCUCCAAGAUGAGUCCUUGAACUCCAUAUUUGGGAAUGUAGACUCAAGCUGGCUUCGCGAAGUCACUUCCUCCUUCCAGCGGCCCCAGAG